AAUGGACUUUUGGAGCAUCCCCAUUCCAUGGAAGUCACCCUCGCUCCCUGCGAGCCUCUCCGUUUGAGGCAUGUGUUGGAUCGGCUCAUAGCUCUCAGGGGAAGUGGCAUGCCUUCUCUAUAUUCCUGGUCUUGUAAGAGGAGCUACAAGGGCGGUUACGUGUGGUACGACUUGGGAGUAAACGAUAUUAUACAUCCGACUGAUGCAGCCGAGUACGUUCUCAAAGGAUCUAAACUCCUCCGAGGCUGUUCUGAAAGAUUUCAGCAGCUUCAGUUGAGCCAUAGGCAAGUAUUGUAUCAGGGGUCUAAUCUAAACUUGAAGCGCAAGACAUUUCGGGCGAGCCCGAGAAGAGAGACCGAAGAAUACGAAGAGCAGCGAGAUGAAGUGUACGAAGAUGGCGAGAAAACGAGCAAUACGAACUCCACCACCAAGCCCCGUCCUCGCUGCUCUAGAGGUGUAUCCACCGAUGAACUCGAGGGGCGCCACGAAACAAGAAAGGUCAUCGCGAACGACAUGUCGUUGAGAAUUAGCUCCACCUCCAAGCGAGUCGUAACUCGGUGCUGUUGCAAUUGA